GACAGUGCUCCCGAGCCUCCAAUCUCCACGCCUCCUCCAGCCUCUCCCCAGGACCUGCGCUCGUCCCGGAGCUAUUUCCGCUAUGAGCCUCCUGUCCAGCCGCCCCGCCUGUGCCCGCGACUCCCGGUGCACGCCGAGCCUCCUCCUGCUGCUGCUGCUGCUGCUGACGUGGUCCCGGCCUCUGGUGGAAGCUGGACCCGUCAGUGCCAGAGAGGUGGUGGUGGUGAGGGAGCUGCGUUGCACCUGUUUAAACACCUCCUUGAAGGUGCACCCCAAAAGGAUCGCGAGGCUGCAGGUGACCCCUGCAGGUCCGCAGUGCUCCAAGGUGGAAGUGAUAGCCUCCCUGAAGAACGGGAACACAGUCUGCCUGGAUCCAGACGCCCCCUGGAUAAAGAAAGUCUUAGAGAAAAUGUUGGACAGUGGAAAUAAGAAAAGGUGGUAAAAGGAAAUGAUCAUCCAUUUGGACAUUUUCCCCAGUCUUCAUUGAAGUGGUUUUGGGGAAGAAACCUCUGAACCUAUAGAAGACAAGAAGGAAGGUUCUUUAUUUCCUCCUCCCAACAUUUUUCUUUGUGAAUUCCCU